AUGCUGCCAAAUGUUAAGCAAUGGGAUAUGAGAGCUUUAUAUGAAUUAUUUGAUUGUGCAGAAAUAGUUCAUGUAUCUUUGGUGGAGGAGGUUAUUGAAGACAAGUUAAUCCAAAAGGAGAAGCAAAGUGGUUGUUAUAGUGUGAGGUUGGGGUAUAGGUUGUGGAGGAAUGCUUGUAAAGGAGGCCGUGGGAGACAUAAUUUGCUUAAUUGGAAUAGCCUUUGGAAUAUCAAAGCGGCGGCAAGAGCGAAGCAUUUUAUUUGGAGGAUUUGUCGAGGUUGCCUACCCUCCCGAGUUAGAUUGUGUCAACAUCAUGUUCCGUGCCCGGUUGAAUGUCCGUUUUGCAAUAAUAGUUUAGAGGACGAAUGGCAAAUUUUCUUUGGUUGUGCGGCAAUAAAUCAAGGUUGGCAAGCCGCAUGCUUGAGUAAUAUUAUUGAUAAUCGUCUUCUUUCUUUUGAUGAGGUAAAACUACUUAUUUUUGAUAUUUGUACAAAGGAAGAUAGAAACACAGCUGGUAGAGUUGCGGUCAUGCUAGAAGGAAUGUGGAAGAAUAGAAAUAAUUUCAUUUGGAAUAACGAGAAAGAGGAAGCGACAAAAGUGGGGUGGCUGGCGUAUCACAAAUGGCAAGAGUGGUUCACGGUUCAUAAUAAUUCAGAUGAUCACACGGUUUCCCAACAUGUCCAAACUUGGGAACCACCACCGCCCGAAUGGCUCAAAUGUAAUGUGGAUGCGGAUUUUAAUAAAAUUGGUAGAACUUCCAAUAGAGGUUGGUGUAUCAGCGACAGUUCAGGUAAUUUCCAUACGGCAGGUACGACUUGGAAUGUUGGUGAGUAUACUAUUCUAGAAGGGGAAGCGUUAGCUCUCAAGGAUGCCAUUCAAAUAGCUAAUCAACAUGCAACUAGACCGGAUUAUCUUCGAAAGUGA